AUGUUCCGUUUAUUACGCCGAGCCCCUCUGUUAAAUAGUGCGAUCCAGGCAGCGAUUGAGGUCUCAGCGGAGCCCCGAGGACUGAAAUUUACGGUACGGAAGUAUGGAGCUAAACGCUCUUAUACGGUAGUCUGUAGCGUGGCGACUCCCCAGGGACCCCAAAGGUCCAGUCUGCGCUCGAAGUGCAUGAACGGGGCCGAUCUUUCUCCUUGUCAGAGUCUUCCAUUGGGCCAAUUGGCAGAUCUCACGCCACCCUGCUGCACCUCCAGCCACUUCAAACAACAAUGCGAAAUAAACAUUCGGGUGAAACUUAACACGACCCACUGGGACGAGCUCUUCACGUCCGGGGUGUCUACGCUUAAUACAGGAACGAUCGAUGUGGUUUGUAUUCCCUGUGGCCUCUGGUCUUGCCCUGACGGGGAAUUUACUAGUACUGAUAUGCUUACUGACAUGUUUCGGCCCAUGUGA